AUUUUGAAGAUAGGAGGGGGGAAGAGAGCUGCAAGAGACAGAGAGAGGAUACAAUUCAUUGCAAUUCAUUAAAAAAAACAAGGAGUACUGAGCUGGGAGUAUGGCUCACUCUAAGUCUCGAGCGGCCGAUGGGAAGAUCACCUACCCUCCGGGGGUCAAGGAGAUCUCCAGCAACAUCUCCAAGGAGGAGAUGGUCCGCCGACUCAAGAUGGUGGUGAAAACAUUCAUGGACAUGGAUCAGGACAGUGAGGAGGAGAAGGAGUUGUACCUGAACCUGGCUCUCCAUCUGGCGUCUGACUUCUUCCUGAAGCACCCUGACAAGGACGUUCGCCUCCUAGUGGCCUGCUGCUUGGCCGACAUUUUCAGAAUCUACGCCCCAGAGGCCCCCUACACAUCACCUGAUAAGUUGAAGGAUAUCUUCAUGUUCAUCACUCGCCAGCUGAAAGGACUGGAGGACACCAAGAGUGCUCAGUUUAACAGAUACUUCUACCUGCUGGAGAACAUAGCGUGGGUGAAGUCCUAUAACAUCUGCUUUGAGCUGGAGGACAGCAAUGAGAUCUUUACUCAGCUCUACAGGACCCUGUUCCAGGUCAUCAACAACGGGCACAACCAGAAGGUGCACAUGCACAUGGUGGAUCUGAUGAGUUCCAUCGUCUGUGAGGGAGACAGCGUGUCACAGGAACUACUAGACACCGUGCUGGUCAAUCUGGUGCCUGCACACAAGAACCUGAACAAGCAGGCGUAUGACCUGGCCAAGGCUCUGCUGAAGAGAACAGCUCAGGCUAUAGAGCCCUACAUCACUAAUUUCUUCAACCUGGUGUUGAUGUUGGGGAAGACGUCUGUCAGUGAUCUGUCAGAACAUGUGUUUGACCUGAUCCUGGAGCUCUACAACAUAGACAGCCAUCUACUGCUGUCUGUACUACCACAGCUAGAGUUUAAACUGAAGAGCAAUGAUAAUGAUGAGCGUCUCCAGGUGGUCAAGCUGUUAGCUAAGAUGUUUGGAGCUAAAGACUCUGAGCUGGCAGCACAGAACAAACCCUUGUGGCAGUGUUACCUGGGCAGGUUCAAUGAUAUCCACGUGCCCAUCAGACUGGAGUGUGUCAAGUUUGCCUCCCACUGUCUCAUGAACCACCCAGACCUGGCCAAGGACCUCACAGAAUUCCUGAAGGUCAGGUCACAUGACCCCGAGGAGGCCAUCCGUCACGACGUCAUCGUCUCCAUAGUAACUGCGGCCAAGAAGGACCUGACUCUGGUCAACGACGCCCUGCUGAACUUUGUCAAGGAGAGGACUCUGGACAAGAGGUGGCGUGUGCGUAAAGAGGCCAUGAUGGGAUUGGCUCAGAUCUAUAAGAAGUACUCUCUCCAGGGAGAGGGGGGCAAGGAGGCAGCCAAUCAGAUCUCCUGGAUCAAAGACAAACUACUACACAUCUACUACCAGAACAGCAUCGACGACAGGUAUGUUGUUUUUUAUGUAUAUAUUCCAGAGAAGUUGUUCUCUCUGCUCCCUGAGUAUGUGGUCCCCUAUGCCAUCCACCUGCUGGUCCACGACCCAGACUACAUCAAGGUUCAGGACAUUGAACAGCUCAAAGACAUUAAGGAGUCUCUAUGGUUCAUCCUGGAGAUCAUCAUGUCUAAGAAUGAGAACAACAGCCAUGCCUUCAUCAGGAAGAUGGUGGAGAACAUCAAACAGACCAAGGACGCACAGGCUCCUACCGACGUCAAGAUCAACGAGAAGUUGUACACGGUGUGUGACGUGGCCAUGAACAUCAUCAUCUCUAAGAGCACCACCUACAGUCUGGAGUCUCCCAAAGACCCUGUCCUUCCCACACGCUACUUCACCAAGCCUGACAAGAAUUUCAGCAACACAAAGAACUAUCUCCCUCCAGAGAUGAAGUCCUUCUUUACACCUGGAAAGCCUAAAGCAGCUAACGUGUUAGGAGCGGUGAACAAGCCCCUGGCCUCAGCAGGCAAACCCAUCCAGAGUAAAGCAUCACGCAUGGAGACGGCUAGCAACGAGGAUAGUACCUCAAACCCCAGCUCUCCUCAACGCACCAAGACCAGACAUGACAGUGCAGAGGACCACAGUGAGAAUGAAGACCUCAUGAAGAAAGGAGACGCCUCCGACACAAAGGACAGUGACAAACCCCGGGGCCGUAAACGAGGCGCCGCCUCCAGUAACCUUGACGACAACCCUUCUCCUAAACCCAAGCGCGGCCGCAAGAAGGCAGCAGCAGUCGACCCCGAGGACCAAUGGGGAGAGGAGUCCCGACUCGGCGACGCCCAGACGGAAGACGAGCAGAACAGCCCGCCCAAAAAAGGGCGUAGGGGGCGGUCCACGAAGGCUGCGCCAGCCAAUCAGGAAACUCCAGCUAAGGGGAGGGGCCGGGGCCGGAAGAAGGCAACUCCUCCCCCUGAAGAAGAGGAUGAGGGAGGAGAGGAGGAAGAAGAGGAGGAAGAGGAAGAAGAGGAAAAUAUGGAGCUGAAGACUAAGGGAGGAAGACCAGCGCGGGCGGCAAGGAGAUCAACACAGAGUUCUGAGUCUGCUGAGUCCACCCCAGUGAAGAAGAGAGGCCGGCCGGCCAAGGCAGCAGCACAGCCCGCCAAGAAACAACCAGCGCGUGGCCGUGGUAAGGCAGCAGCACCGCCAGCAGCCAAAGAGGAGUCUGAGGAGGAGAUGGAGACACCGGCUGAGGAAGAAGAGGAAGAACAGGAGGAAGUGGAGAAGGAGGAAGAACAGACCACUCCUAAAGGUCGACGGAAGACCGGAGGAAGAAAAAGAUGAACAGAGGACAAGAAAAAAGAGAGAGAGAGAGCGAGAGGUGGAGUGGAUCCUUGGACACUUGUCUUGCUUCUCUAAAGGAGAGAGGGAGCGAUGGAGAGAGUGGAAGAUGGGAGGGAUGGAGAUUAGACUUUUCUGAACUUUUCAUACGCUGACGCUCCUACCUUUACACACAUACACGCACGCGCGCGCGCACACACACACACACACACACACACACACUCUUAUAACAUCAGUAUCAAUACCCGUAAGUUGUUUUUGUGAUGCAUUGUGAUAUUGUUCACCACAUCUGUUCGAGAGAGAGAGAGAGAUCUCAAAUGAUGAAGAUCCCAUGAGUUGUAAAUAGUAUCUUUCAUGUCUGUGUUAUGGUUGUUUUGUUGAUUGACUGACUGGGUGCUGUUGUAUAGCUUUUAGUUCCUGUCUGUUCCAAAUGGUACUGUAUUCCCUAUAUAUAGUGCUCUACUUUGGUCUCUGGUCAACAAUAGUGCACAGUAUAGGGAAUAGGGUGUUAUUUUGGCCCCGGAUCUGAAAGUGCGCUACUUGUUUUACCCUCAAAAUGAAAUCAGUUUUUAAACAAGGCCUUUCAGCAAUACUGUCUUUUUGUCAUGUUCCCCUCUGUGUCCUCUUCGCCUGAACCCUGACUUCAACUGAACCCUGACUUCACCUGAAAAUCCUGACAUCAACUGAACCCUGACUUCACCUGAACCCUGACUUCACCUGAACCCUGACUUCACCUGAACCCUGACUUCACCUGAACCCUGACUUCACCUGAAAAUCCUGACUUCGUCUGAAAUCCUGACUUCAACUGAACCCUGACUUCAACUGAAAAUCCUGAAUUUGCCUGAACCUCUGACUUCGCCUGAAAAUCCUGACUUCGCCUGAAAAUCCUGACUUCACCUGAAAAUCCUGACUUCACCUGAAAUCCUGACAUUAGAUUUCCCGUACAUUUACUAUUUUACUCUUUUGUGAAGUCAAUCAUGUAAUUUUUCCUUUGUAGUUUUUUAACAACAAAAAAAGUCAAUUGGUUUGUUUACAGCAUUGUAUAUUCACGCCUUGUUGAGUUGUCGUUUUGUUUUUUUUAAACCCUCUGGGAGAAAAUUUCAGAAAACUGUGUCGGAAUGUUGAAUGUUUAUUAUAAAUCAAUAAAGUUUUAGUGUUCGUUCCAUUUGACACCUGGCUGGCACCUCCUGCUGUGAUCAGAUGUGGUUUUAGUCUGGAUAACGCUGCGUUAGAGACUUGGUCUAGGUCCCAAAUGGCAUCCUGUAUAGUCCACUACUUCUGACCAGAGGCUAUAGGGCAGUGAGCAUACCACCCUGCAUCCCACUGCUGGCUUGCUUCUGAAGCUAAGCAGGGUUGGUCCUAGUCAGUCCCUGGAUGAGAGACCAAAUGCUGCUGGAAGUUGUGUUGCAGGGCCAGUAGGAGGCACUCUUUCCUCUGGUCUAAAAAAAAUAUAUGCCAAUACCCCAAGGCAGUGAUUGGGGACAUUGCCCUGUGAUGGGACGUUUAAACAGGUGUCCUAACUGUGGUCACUAAAGAUCCCAUGGCAUUUAUCGUAAGAGUAAGGGUGUUAACCCUGGUGUUCUGGUUAAAUUCCCAAUCUGGCCCUCAUACCAUCAUUGCCACCUAAUCAUCCCCCCAGUUUCCAAUUGGCCCAUUCAUCCCUGUAACUAUUCCCCAGGUUGUUGCUGUAAACGAGAACGUGUUCUCAGUCAACUCAAAAGGUCCCUGGUCAAAUGUUGUGCACUAGAUAAGGAAACCUGUGCCAUUGGAGAUGCAGAUCGCGUCACAUCCACCCAGUCAGCUCCUGUUUGUCUCUGUCGUAUCGAUAAAGUUGUCCAUACAACCAGA